AUGUCAACCUCCACUGUAACCCGCCCGGAUCGUAUCGCCGCAAAGUUUGCGGCCAUCAAGGCUGAGGACCGCCCUGGCCUGGUGGUGUUCGUCACCGUCGGCCACCCAUAUAAGAACGCUGCCCUGGACGUCGUCCCGCGAUUGGUAGCGGCCGGCGCCGACGCCGUCGAGUUGGGCAUGCCAUUCAGCGACCCCGUGGGCGAAGGCCCGGUGAUCCAGGCGUCCAGUUACGUUGCCCUGCAAAACGGUGUUACCACUCAGGAUUGCCUGGAUACGGCGGCGGCUCUGCGCACGCAGAUAGGUGACACCCCCCUCAUCCUGAUGGGUUACUACAACCCGGUCAUGGCCUAUGGUCUCCAGAAGUUCGCCGCCGCGUGCUCCGAGGCAACCGUCGAUGGCCUGAUCAUCGUCGAUCUCCCCAGUUCGGAGGCCGAUGCCCUGGUGUCCGAGCUCGGCCCUUACGGCGUGCACCUGAUUCCUUUGCUGGCCCCGACCAGUACUGACGAGAGCAUAGCGAGAUCAGUGGAUAUUGGCGGCGGCUUCGUCUACUGCACCAGCGUGGUGGGCAUCACCGGCGCCCGAUCCGAGGUGUCGAGCCGCGGCCUGGCUCUGGUGGACCGCGUGCGCCAACACACCGGUCUUCCGGUCACCAUCGGCUUCGGCAUCUCGCGCCGCGAACACGUGCUUGACGUGGGCCGGAGAGCCGAUGCUGCGGCGGUCGGCAGCGCCCUCGUGAGCGCCCUGGCCGACGGUCCCGAUGAGCAGGCGGCCGAUCGCGGGGCCGUCGUCGUCGCAGAGCUCGCCGGACGCACCCUGUAGGCUCGGCGCGGGUCCCCCGUGCUGGCUCCGGUAACUACAUCAAAAUUGUCGCCGG